AUGCUGAAUUUCAUGUCAAAGAAGUCCAGUAUAUCCAGGCUGAAGUAUGCUUCUUUUAUCUCCGCUUCUUGUUCUGGCCUUGAUAUUAUUACAAAUCGCCGCAAUGCUGUUGCCAGUUACGUUAGGAGGCUUAUCACAGAAUGCUUCCCUCAAAUUCAUAUCUUUACUUUUGGAUCUGUACCUCUGAAGACUUAUUUGCCUGAUGGAGAUAUCGACUUAACUGCUUUUAGCCCUAACCAAAAUCUUAAGGAUUCUUGGGCGAAUUUGGUUCGCGAUAUGCUGGAAAAGGAAGAGAAGAAUGAGAAUGCUGAAUUUCAUGUCAAAGAAGUCCAGUAUAUCCAGGCUGAAGUAAAGCUAAUUAAGUGUCUGGUGGAGAAUAUUGUGGUGGAUAUAUCAUUCAAUCAGAUUGGAGGGCUGUGUACAUUAUGCUUCCUUGAGGAGGUUGAUCACUAUAUUAACCAGAACCAUUUAUUCAAGCGUAGUAUCAUAUUGAUUAAAGCCUGGUGUUACUACGAGAGCCGUAUAUUGGGAGCUCACCAUGGGCUUAUUUCAACAUAUGCCCUGGAAACCUUGGUUCUUUACAUAUUCUAUCUUUUCAACAACUCAUUUUCUGGACCCCUUGAGGUCCUCUAUCGUUUUCUUGAGUUCUUUAGUAAGUUUGACUGGCAGAAUUUUUGUCUUAGCCUCUGGGGCCCUGUUCCUGUUAGUUCACUACCAGAUGUAACAGCUGAGCCUCCUCGAACGGAUGUUGGAGAGUUACGAGUUAGUGAAGCAUUUUAUAGAGCUUGUAGUAGAGUUUAUGCAGUUAAUAUAGCUGCCCAAGAGACACAGGGGCAGCCUUUUGUUUCCAAACAUUUCAAUGUUAUAGACCCUUUGCGUGAGAACAACAACCUUGGACGCAGUGUCAGUAAAGGUAACUUCUUUAGGAUACGAAGUGCAUUUACCCUUGGUGCCAAGAAGUUGGCUAGGUUACUUGAUUGCCCUAAGGAGAAUUUGAUCUAUGAGGUUAACCAAUUUUUUAUGAAUACAUGGGAAAGACAUGGCAGUGGUCGACGUCCUGAUGCUCCUGGAAAUGACUUAUGGCUAUCAAGACUUGGAGAGCCUGAGCCAUAUCAACAAGCUAUAAAUGUUAGUAAUUUUUCAAGCAACCAAAGAAACCAAAAUGCUGCCCGUCUUGGUGGGAUUCAUGGAGCUCGGAGUAUGCCCUCUCAACAGAACAACGGUGGAACAGAAGUUAUAUCUGGAGUAACAUAUCAAACGCAAAAGAGUCGAGGCAACUCUUACCAACCUGCCAAGGAAGUAAACUCCAAUCAAAGUGCUAUAAAUGAUAAGCUUCAGCAAACUGCUAAGCCAGAAAUUGUGGUGAAUAAUUUUCAUGGUAGGCACCUUUUUGCCAGGACCCGGUCUAGUCCUGAGCUUACUGAGACAUAUGGUGAAGCUCUUUUACAAUCACGUCGUAGUAGAGCCCCCGAAGCUGGGAAACGCCAAAGUAAUACCAGGGUUGAUAAUAUCAGGAAGAAGAAUCUGGAGUCUGAAACUUUGUCAAGCAGUGUCAGAUAUUCGGCCGACUCAUCGUCAGUCAGGCAUACUCCAUCCCCUCGAAGUCCUGAUAGUACUGCUGACAUGGGCAGUGCAGUGAACAGUUACUAUGAUGAAUUAGGGUCAGUUUCCGUGAAUGAAGACUUCUCUGUUGCAGGGGAACAGGAAGACCAAGAUUUUGUUAACUCGAUGACAUCUGUUACUGGGCAAGGUUUUAAUGGACACUUUCCUUUCCCUUUUAAUAUUUCAACGGGUCACUUACCGUUUCCAAUUACACCUUCUAUCUUAGCUUCAAUGGGAUAUGGUCAGAGGAAUGUGCCUGGUAUUGUUCCUUCUAACCUUCCUUUCGUCGAGACACCUUGGAGUACUAAUGUGCAGUUUCCGCAAAACUUUGUUUCUUCACCAUUUACCCAUUAUUUUCCCAGUGGAUCCCUCCCAAUGUCAGAAAAGCCAAGCAACCCUGGUAUUGACGACAUGGGGUCUACAGAAGUAAAUGUCGACGAGUCUGACAAUGAUCUGUGGCACGAACAAGAAAGGAGAACUCAUAGUUUUGGACUUGAAAAUGGUGGUUAUCGAAUGCAUCAGGCAGAUGAUAAACAUCUGUCAUCUUCUGCAGAACGCAGUUAUGUACCCUCAAGUAGGAAAAACCGGCCGACAAGGGGAGAUGAUUUAGAAAAUUCACACUCUCCAGUCAGAGGAAGCAGUCAAAUUCAGAGUGAGGAGAGAACUGCAGGCUCUAGAUCUGUGUCUGGUGCUAGUUCCGUCCGAAGCAGGACUUCAUCUGAAAGCUCUUGGGAUGGGUCAACUACAAGGGGGUCAAAGCCAGCUAAAGAUAGACGGAACAGGAAAGUAGUGUCUGGGGCUGCAUCUGCACUGUAUGGAAAAGGAAAGAGUGUUCCUGAGCACUCAAUCCAGAUUGAUGAUGAUAACAGAGAAUGGAUUCCUGUAUCUAGCAAUGAAAUAUCAGAUAGAGAUGUGGGGCCUCGUGCUACUGUCCCUUCAUUUCAAGUUCAGAGGAAUCAAAUACAUGGUCAUGAACUAGCUCAGGCAAGUGGAUCAGAGUGUUCAGUGACCCUUGCUCCAUUUCUCCUAGGCGGCAUGCAACAAAACGAGGUUGAUAAUUCUGGAUACACGUUUUAUCCCACAGGGCCACCUGUCCCGAUAGUUGCAAUGCUUCCAAUGUAUAAUUAUCAAGCUGGUGGUAAUGCGCCAUCAGAUGCUCUGGCAAGCCACAACAGUGUGGAUGGAGGAGUAGAGAAUCAUGAUCCGGGUAAAAGUUUUGACUCUUUCAGGGGACUUGAUCAGUCUGAUAUAGUAGCUUCUUCGCACUCCACUAGACUUGGCUCUUCUGCAGAACAAACGGAGCACAAAAUUGAUAUCCUCAAUGGUGAUUUUAUAAGCCAUUGGCAAAAUUUGCAGUAUGGCCGCUCUUGCCAGAAUUCUCAACAUCCGCCUGUGUUGUACCCUGCUCCUGUUGUAGUGCCACCUGCUUAUCUUCAGGGGCGUUUACCAUGGGAUGGUCCUGGAAGACCUCUUGCCUACACCAAUGUUGUAAAUCAACUCAUGACCUACGGACCUCGUCUUGUACCUGUUGCUUCUGUACAACCUGUUUCAACUAGGCCACCCAACAUUUACCCUCGUUACACUAAUGAAACUCCCAGAUAUCGUAGUGGGACGGGGACAUAUUUUCCAAAUCCUAAGAUUUCUCCUAGGGAGCAGCGUCCUACAUCUGGCAUGAGGCGUGGGAAUUAUGGGCAUGACAGAAACGACCAUCACAGCGAGAGAGAAGGGAGUUGGAUUGCUGGUACAAAGACACGGGGUUCUGGACGUAACCACAACAAUCGUAACCAAGCUGAUAAUAAGCCAAGCUUAAGACAAGACCGAUCUGAUAGGCAUUGGGGGUCGUCGUAUAGGCAUGAAUCGUCCUCAUAUUCUUCUCAUCAUUCUCAAAACGGUCCAGUUCGCACAAACACAUCACAAGAUGCUUCUGGAAAUAUUGCUUAUGGCAUGUACCGAUUGCCGCCGGGCAUGAAGCAAAACAGUGUGACGUCUUCAGAGGGACACAACGUUCCAUCUGUCAUGAUGAUUUAUCCAUAUGAUCAACACCAUGAGUUUGGGUCUCUUGGACCAGCAGGUGAAGCGCCGCAUAUAAAUGAAGAGGAUCAACCAAGGUUUCGUGGUGGUGCUGCUUCUGCUGCUCAUAUGUCUUCACCUGAUGACCCUUCCUCGCCUCACUUCCCCAGGGGGAAGUAACAUUAAUGCUUGCUCAAGUUUAGCUGCAAUAAACUCAAGAACCUAGAAGAAACUGGAAGAUCACAUCACUAGGGUCUUGGAAAUCAAAAGAAGGCAAAAGGUUGAGAAGCCGUGAAAGAAGAGUCAGGACAGGAGAGAGACUUCUGUUCAAGUCUGGCCGUGA